GUUUGUUUUCUUCUGCAAAUUUCCUUCGCCAAGGGAGUUUUAUCAGACGUGUCUGGAGCCACGCAGAGGCUGCUCACCUGCAGAGAAAGAGAUGGGGCGGUGUCUGCAAACGGGCUCUUAGAAUGUCAAGGGUGAAAGGGGUUGGGAGAAGACGAGGGGAAGAUGAAGGAGGGGCGGGGAAUAAAUAUAAGGAGAGUAGAGGAGGAGAGAUGGAUGGAGACAGUGAGAUUGCCCUCCACUCUCAUGAACCCAAAAUGAGGGGUGCAGCACCGUGUUCCUGGGCAUGUGUGGAUACUGCCGCUGAGCCCCAGGAAGGAGCAAGAAGCCAUUUACACGGGAGGUCCCUGCCGAAGGCUCCGGGGCCGUGCGGAGCCGUGGCGAGCGGACACGGGCCCUGCGGGGGCUGCUCCGGGCCGGGCCCGCCGUGGGACCCCGCGCGGCGCCUUCCCGCCCUCGGCUGAGGCCUCAGGAGGGUCCGCCCGCCCCGCCGAGCCCCUCAGCGCCUGCUAAUCCCCUCCGAUCCCCGCAGAGCCGAGCGGGCUCCUCAUCCCCUCCGGGCCCCUCAGCGGCUGGAUGCGCCCAUCCAUCCCUCAGGAUCCCACUAAAUCCAACACGCCCCUUCUUGGAUUUGCUCAGGUCCCCUGUCCCCUCAGAUCCCACUAAAUCUCCCUGUCCCCUCAGCGUCGUGGUCACCCCAUCCCCUCAAGUCCUGCUAAAUCCCCAGGGCCUGGCUGGAUCCCCUUGUCCCCUCAGGCACUAAAUCCACCCUGACCCCUGCCCUAAGAAUCCCACCAAAUCCCCCCCUGCCCUCUGAGGGUCCCGCUAAAUCCUUUCAUUCCCUCAGUGCUCUCAGGGUUCUCCCAUUCCCUCAGCACCCAGCUGGGUGAUCCCAGCCCUUCUGGAUCCCACAAGAUCCUCACAUCCCCUCAAUAUCUGCCUGGGUGCCCUGUCCCCUCAGAUCCCAUAAAUCUUCUCAUCCCCUUCAGUGCCUGGUUGUGUCACCCCCAUCCCCUCAGAUCCCACUAAAUUCCCCCUUCCCCACAGCACCCAACUGGGUCCCCCAUCCCCUCAGAUUCCACUAAAUCCCUAAUUCCACUUGGUGUCCCAGGACCCAUCUUCUGUCGCAAGGGGGAAGAGCUCAGGGAAUUUUGUCAGGGCUGCCCUGAGACCUUUGGCCAGGCACCAUGUUCUACGUCAAUUUGCUCAUCAACAAGCGGGGGCCGCUGGCCAAAAUCUGGCUGGCUGCCCACUGGGAGAAGAAGCUCACCAAGGCACAUAUCUUUGAGUGCAAUUUAGAGGCCACCGUGCAAAAAAUCCUCUCCCCAAAGUUUGCUAUAGCUCUGCGAACCUCUGGACACUUACUCCUGGGAGUGGUGAGGAUUUACCACAGGAAAGCAAAGUACCUCUUGGCAGACUGCAGUGAAGCUCUGACCAAAAUGAAGACAGCUUUUCGCCCAGGGCUUCUUGACCUUCCAGAAGAGAACUUUGAGGCUGCUUAUCAGUCCAUUACAUUGCCUGAAGAAUUUCAUGAUUUUGAAGCACCACUACCAGAUGUAAAGGCUAUUGAUGUUGCUGAACAUUUUACCUUGAAUCAGAGCAGAGCUGAAGAAAUCACACUUGCAGAGGACUAUGAAAGCAGUAUACUUCUCUAUGAUAGAAACUUUGAUGAAGAAGCAGAUGCACUGAGGAAGCAGAGCUUCUUUGAGGGCAGUGUCCUGACAAGCAGUAACAGUCUGGUGGCCGACCCCAACUCAGCCAGCACCAGUGGAGACAAAUCUGUGCUGCAUGAUGUUUACUGCUUCCAGGAUGACCAUUUUGGGGAUGAGGAGGAUGCUGCAGAUAUGAUUGAAAUCCUGUUGAGGGAUGAGGAAAAUGUCCUAGAUAAAGACAUUCUUGAUGUGGAAGAAGCACGCCCUUUGUCACAAGAUCUGCCAGAGAACAGCACAGCCACUGAGUCCAACUGUGCAGACACCGUCAUUAAGGACGCAAAUCACACAAGGAGUGAGACAAUCCUUUUACUCCAGGAAAAAGAAUUUGUGCUUGAGCCAGUUGAUGAUACAGCUGUCACCCAGAGGACAAAAAAGCAAAGGAAGAGGAAGCUGCUGGUGGAUGUAGAGAAGGAGCUCAGCUGCCAAACCAUUUACAAGCAGCUCACCAACUGCACAGACCUCCUGGCCACGCUGGACCUGGCUCCCCCAACCAAGAAAACGAUGAUGUGGAAGGAGUGGGGAGGUGUGGAUAAACUCCUGUCCAGUGCUGCACACCCUGUGGGUCAUGCUCAGCUGCAGAAGUUGUUUGAAAAAUGCUUCAAGACUGACAGAUUUAAGAUGAGAACAAAUGGAAUACAAAGGAUGUCUGAAAUGAAAGAAAUGAGAAAAGAGCAAGAUACUACAGAGAUGCUGCCAGUAGAAGAGCCAAGUUACCUGCAGGAGCCAGCUUAUUCCGAGACUGAGAGAAAAAUUAGAAAUGAUUCCUUUAUGUUGACAUCACAGAAUGACAGAAAUGAAAUCAAUGAGAACUGUGGUGAAAUUAUAGAGGAUGGAGCAGCCUUUUCCGAGAGCUCAAAAAAUUCCCUGGGCCAGGAGGCUGAAGCACAGCAGGUGGAGGUGCCAAAGGAGCAAACAAGGACCAGGAAAGACAGUGAAGAAAUAAGAUGGGGCAAAAGAACUCUUCGGUUACAAAAAACUUUACAGCAACUGAAGAGAUCGGGCGUGUGUUCCUUCAGUUUCCGGGAGCUCUGCCGGAGGAACACCCGGAGAGAAGCUGCAGCCACUUUUUACAUCUUCCUGGUGCUGAAGAAGCAGCUGAUCCUCGAGCUGCAGCAGCACCAGCCCUUCGCUGACCUCACAGCCACUGCUGGGCCCAUGUUUGACAAGAUCAGAUAAACUGAUCAGAACACAGCUGAGGUUGCAUUUUCCAGCAAAUAGUUUUCCUGGAAAAAGGAUGGAAUGUCUUGUCAAGCUGUGGGAGAUGAGCAGAGCUCCCUGUCCUCUAAAGCACCCAGUAGUGGCUUGUGCAGGGGUCCUGCCCCAGGUGAUCCCUACAGGGCUUAUUAUUAAUAUUUAUAGUUACAUGAUGAGUUAUAUGAUAGUUAAACAAUAUGUUGAUAAAAUACCACUAAAAGAUAUAUUUUACACAAGAGAAAAUAUAUAUAUUACAUUUACAUUGUGAAGGAUUUUAUAAAAAUCCUCAGAGGAAUUUUAUAAAAGUCCUUGAAGGUUUUGAAGGACUUUUAUAAAAACCCUUUCUCAGAGACUACCUUUGGAGCUUAAAUUAUUUUUGACAAGGCUUGUGUCUGUUAAUACCAUCAAUAAGAGUUAUCUGUUUACUCUCUAGAGCAAAAAAAAAUUAGACUAUUUAAAAUUGUUCCUGUCAAAGAAUGUUCAGUAUUUCAUAUUUUAAGAUCUGGGUACUGUCUCCAGUGUGGCUUUUGUGUCUUCAGGCAGACAGAUGUUACAUUGGCUCUAGAAGAGUCCAGAAGCUGCAGCAAGAAAUUCUGUUUCCUAGAAUCCUGCAUUUUCAGAUUUCACAGAGCUUUUUAACUUAUUAACACCUUUAUUCAUAUGUAGACCUAUUUAAAAAUGGAUGUUAACUGAAAUAUUAGUUCCUUGCAUUUUUAUCUAAUAUAGGAUAAAUUUUAUCCCUUUUUACUGUAAUUUUCUGAAGCUCUUGGUUUCUGUCUGCCUCCCACCUGGAGGAGGAAUGUUUGUGCCCUGCUCAAGUGCUUUGGUGCUGUGGGGACAUCACUGUUCCUUCAUGUAGAAUCAAUA